GCUUGUCCACACUCCAACACAGUAGGUGGCGGUAAUGCACCUUAACGUUGGUUGCCACCCGCCAAAAAACAUCAAACAGAAGAAGAAGAAGAAGAAGAAGAAGAAGAAGAAGAAGAAGGGACGGAACAACAAGAAGGUUAAGGCAGUGUUAAUUGUAUGCGUCAUCUCCUGGCUCAAGAUGUCUUCCAAUGGACUUUUAACCAUGCGUGCUCAGAUCUGCAGACGCCUGGCUCACAAGUACCUCUCAAGAACCUACACAUCUCGCCCUUCACUGAAUGAGGUUGUCAUUGUCAGCGCAGUCCGUACUCCAAUGGGCUCCUUCAGAGGCAGCCUGGCAUCAAUACCAGCCACCAGACUGGGUUCCAUUGCCAUUAAAGGAGCCAUAGACAAAGCAGGGAUCGCUCCUGAAGAGGUGAAGGAAGUCUACAUGGGCAACGUGCUUCAGGCAGGAGAAGGACAGGCCCCCACGAGACAAGCCUUGCUUGGAGCAGGCUUGACCCUCGGCACUCCAGCAACAACCAUCAACAAAGUCUGCGCCUCUGGGAUGAAGUCCAUCAUGAUGGCAGCUCAGAGUCUGAUGUGUGGACACCAGGAUGUGAUGGUGGCUGGCGGCAUGGAGAGCAUGUCCAAUGUUCCUUAUGUAAUGUCCAGAGAGACCCCAGCCUAUGGAGGAGUAAGGAUGGAAGACCUUAUUGUCAAGGAUGGACUCACUGAUGUCUAUAAUAAAUUCCACAUGGGCAAUUGUGCAGAAAACACGGCCAAGAACAGCAACAUCACCAGAGAGGAGCAGGACACCUACGCAAUUGGUUCAUACAGCCGUAGCAAAGCAGCAUAUGAGUCUGGCGUGCUUGCAAAGGAGAUUGUACCAGUUAGCAUUCCCCAGAAAGGCAAACCUGAUGUGGUCGUGUCCGAGGAUGAAGAGUGGAGGCGGGUUGACUUCAGCAAAGUUCCCAAACUGAAAGCAGUGUUCCAAAAAGAGAAUGGUACGGUGACAGCAGCCAAUGCCAGCACACUGAACGAUGGAGCAGCUGCUCUCGUUUUAAUGACAGCAGAGGCCGCAAAGAGACUCAGCAUCACUCCACUGGCCAGAAUUGUCUCUUUUGCUGAUGCUGCCGUUGCACCCAUUGACUUCCCCAUUGCUCCUGCGCUUGCUGUACCAAAGGAUGUCUGGGGCGAGAAUCGUGGGUCACAUGGUUCACAACCUGAAGUCAGGCCAAUAUGGGCUGGCAGGCAUCUGCAAUGGAGGUGGUGGAGCUUCUUCUAUUCUGAUCCAGAAAUUAUAGGACAAAUUUAUAUAUAUGAAGAAUCUUCUCUCUCCUUGAUACACUCUGUGUUAGACUUUGUGUUCACUACCAGUUGACUCCAGAUGGUUGAUGUUAAUGUAAAUUCCCUUUCACUGUCAAGAAUUCUUCUUUUACAACUUUAAUGCUAGUGGCCUUACUCAAACAGCAAAAUAGGACUGCACAAACAUGACAUCAUGAAUCAAGUGUUUGAAACACUCCUUUGUUUGAUAAAACAUACUAUGCAAAAAAAAGGUCAGUAUUUAACUGUAAAAUGAAAGCAAAAUAAAUAGUUUUUUGGAACCAC